CUUCACCUCCACAACCUCCGCAGUCGUGGCGGAAUCCGACCCAUCCCAAUCCAGCGCAUAACCCCCUACAAUCGCCAUCAUGCACCUCUCGGUUUUCUCGCUCGGCCUUUUCCUGGUCGCCCUGCUCUCCACCCCAGCGCUCGCGACCUCCGCCCUCACCAUCACGAUUCCCCCUUCCAAUGUCCUUCCCAACCCCAACGUUCUCCCGGCCGGCACUCAUGCCACCCUGACCACGCUCACAACGACCGAGAACAACCAGCACAUCCUCACCGCGCCUCUCACUCGUUCCGCGACCUUCCUCUUCCACCACCUUCCCGCCUCCACCAAGCCCGAAUCCUACCUGCUCGAUAUCCGUUCCCCGGAAUACGUCUUCGCCCCUCUCCGCGUCGAUGUCGCCGCCGAUGGCUCCCUCCUCGGCAUCUGGGAAACCUUCCGCGGCAAUCCCUGGGACAAUCGCGGCGCAGAGAAAUUUGUCGCCGAUACAACAACAACAACAACAACCGUCGCCUCCGAUGUGACUGUCGAUGCGAAGGUCCUGGCCCGCAGAGGCUUCUACGAGGAACGGUCGAAAUUCUCUCCGAUGGCUUUGUUCAAGAACCCUAUGAUCUUGAUGGCUUUGGUCGCGCUGGGAUUCACUUUCGGCAUGCCCAAGUUGAUGGAGAAUAUGGACCCCGAAAUGCGCGCCGAGUUCGAGAAACAGUCCCGUUCUUCGCCCAUCUCCGGCGCUACUCGCAGCGCUAUGACUGGUGGCGGGACGCCUGGGAACUUCGACUUGGCUGGGUGGAUGGCCGGUGCGACUCCUAGACCCGCGCCUGGUGCCGAAGCCGCUACAUCUGGGGGAGUGGCAACGGGAAGGGAGAGCGGAGGGGCGUCGCGGAGAAGGGGGUGAACUUUGAUACGUAUGUAGGGACACGGUGUAUGAGGAUGUGAAACGGUGUUGUCAAGUAUCUAUUGUCUUUUCUAACUAGCCUGACGGGCCAUGGUAUCUUUUUCCCCAUUUAACUGGUCAGACUGAACAUGAGAUACAGAGACAUGUGAGGCCUGCCCGCUAGCAGAGGAAGACUGGACGAGGAUUGAUUAUAAGGAUACAUAUAACCCCUCAAUUCGAUUCCAACGGGGAGAAAAAUAAGCUCCGAGGAUGCACCUUCAUCAUACAUUAUA